AAGGUUAAACUGUCUGACAGUUGCUACGAAGAGGACGAUGGCGCAGCAGGAAAACCAGCUCGACCCAGUUAAAUUCUCUUGUUCCAUCUGUUUGGAUCUUUUAAAGGAUCCGGUGACUGUUCCCUGUGGACACAGUUACUGUAUGAAGUGUAUUAAGGACUUCUGGGAUGAAGGAGAGAAGAAACUCCCCAGCUGUCCUCAGUGUCGACGCACAUUUAUUCCGAGGCCUGAGCUCUUGAAAAACACCAUGUUAGCUGAUUUAUUGGAGGAACUGAAGAAGACUGGACUCCAAGCUGCUCCUGCUGAUCACUGCUAUGCUGGACCUGGAGAUGUGGCCUGUGAUGUCUGCUCUGGGAGAAAACUGAAAGCUGUCAAGUCCUGUUUGGUCUGUCUGGCCUCUUACUGCCAGAAACACCUCCAACCUCACCGUGAUUCAUCUACAUUCAAGAACCACCAGCUGGUGGAUCCCUCCAAGAACCUGCAGGACAACAUCUGCCCCCGUCAUGGUGAGGUGAUGAAGAUGUUCUGUCGUACUGAUCAGAAGUGUAUCUGUUAUCUCUGCUCUGUGGAUGAACAUAAAGGCCACGACACAGUCUCAGCUGCAGCAGAAAGGGCGGAGAGGCAGAGAGAGAUGGAGGUGAGUCGACAACAAAUCCAGCAGGAGAUCCAGGACAGAGAGAAAGAUGUGAAGCUGCUUCAGCAGGAGGUGGAGGCCAUCGAUCAGUCUGCUGAUAAAACAGUGGAGGACAGUGAGGAGAUGUUCACUGAGCUGAUCUCUCUCCUCCAGAAGAGGAGGUCUGAGGUGAAGCAGCAGGUCAGAUCCCAGCAGGAAACUGAAGUGAGGAGAGUCAGAGAGCUGGAGGAGAAGCUGCAGCAGGAGAUCAGGGACCUGAAGAGGAGAGACGCUGAGAUGAAGCAGUUCUCAGACAUCGAGGAUCACAACCAGUUCUUCCACAGCUGCCCCUCACUGCCACCACUCAGUCAGUCCAAACACUCCUCCAGCAUCAGCAUCCGUGACGUGGCAGCAGCCGUGUCAGAGGUCAGAGGUCGACUACAGGACAUCCUGGGAGACACGUGGACAAACGUCUCACUGGCCGUUACUGACGUGGAUGUUUUACUGUCCAAAGACCCAACGAGCAGAGCUGGAUUCCUGAAGUAUUCAUGUGAAAUCACUCUGGAUCCAAACACAGUAAACACACGGCUGUUACUGUCAGAGCAGAACAGAAAGGUGACUCGGAUGAACCAACGUCAGUCUUAUUCUGAUCAUCCAGACAGAUUCAGUAAAUAUCUUCAGGUCCUGAGUAGAGAGAGUCUGACUGGUCGUCAUUACUGGGAGGUGGAGACGACAGCAGGUGUAGUUGCUGUAGCAGUUUCAUACAAGAAUAUCAGCAGAUCAGGGGGGGAAAGUAGAUUUGGAUAUAAUGAUAAAUCUUGGUCACUAUAUUGUUACCCAGGCAGUUAUGGAUUCUUUUACAACAGCAUCAGCACCUCCGUCUCAGGUCCUCUGAGCUCCAGAAUAGGAGUUUACGUGGAUCACAGAGCAGGAGUUCUGUCCUUCUACAGCGUCUCUGGAACCACGACCCUCCUCCUCCACAGAGUCCAGACCUCUUUCACUCGGCCGCUACACGCUGGAGUCACGAUUAACUACGGUACUGGAUCCUCAGCUGAGUUCUGUAAACUCAAAUAA